AUGACAUCCGUCCUCACCUCUCUAAAAUCCCUUCUCCCAUCUUCAAUAUCAUCUUCAGACCCACAAUGGACUCUCCUACCAACAUCAUCCCCGACAUCACCAUCCCAUAACACCAACAAUCCCGAAAAACGUCCUUCCGGCAAUAAUAACAAUAGCAACAUCAACAGCAAUAUCUGGCUAACCCUCCUAACCUUCCCAUUCACAUUCUCCCUAACCCUCACAAAUUUCUACUCCAACAAUAUAAAAGGAAACUACAAACUCCCCGCGAUAACUAGGAUACGAAGUAUCUUUUUACAAUUGCUGGUGGGAUGUGUGGUUAUUACGUGCGUGACGAUGGUGUUCGCGUUGAGUGGGAUGACGGGGUAUACGGUUAAGAAGCUGGGGGUGCAUUUUGAUAGUGAUGCUGUUUGGAAGGGGUUUCCGGUGAUGACGAGUUAUUAUAAUGGGAUAUAUGAUUUGGUUCCCAAGGAGUUGAAUAUUGCGGAGAAUACGGGACCGAAUAAUGCGCCUAAGGCUUCGACGGUUUAUAGACGGUUUAUAUAUCGUCGUGGUUCGGAGUCUGAUGAUUCUCAGACCGAUGGUCCUCCUAAGGAACCUAUAAAUUCCGAUACUACUACUACUACAACUACUACUACUACUAUUUCCCCUCCGAAGGAAUCUACAGAUUCAAACCUUCCUAAACAAUCAGAAAAUAAAACACCAAAACCCGCACCAAAGAAAGCAUCAACCCCGAUUCCUUACCAUCCGUACCCAGACUACACCGCCUCAUCUCCACAUUUCAAAUCCUGCGAAUCAUUGGUUUCGAAUUAUACCGGUCAGUCGACACGUAUAAAGGCCUAUAAGGGGGUGAUGAAAGGUAUGCCUGACCCGGCAUAUGGAUCCUACGAAGCAUUGGGAUUGGAUGAUUCGGUAUGUUUCGAAAGAAGGAUGAGGUUUGGGGGGUAUGGAUGGAAAGAUCGGGAUGAGAUUCCUAAGAAUCCUAAGGAUGAGGAUAUUUUGUUUGAUAGGGAGUGGAGGAUUGAUUGGAAGCAAGUACAGGAUGAGUGUGUUAAGAUGAAUUCUGGGAGGUUUGAUGAGAAUGAUAAUAAUACACUUUUGGACGGUGAGAAGGGGGAGAAGAAGAAAAAGAAGAAAAGAACGGCGGUGGUGUUGAGAGUGUGGAAUAGUUAUCCGUUUACGAGGUUUGAUUAUGUGGUUCUUAGGAGUUUGAUAACGGAGUUGAAUGUUAAUACCGGUGGGGAGUAUGGAGUUCAUUUGUUGAUGCAUGUUAAGGAUAUUGAUAUGGAUGCGGAUAAAGUCGAUGUAAGGAAUGAGAAAAUUAAGAGGAAGAUAUUGGAGGAAAGUAUUGCGGAAGAGUUUUGGGGGAUUACGACGCUUUGGAGUGAGAAUUUGAUGAAGGAGGAGUAUAAAGAACUGCAAGGGGGGAAGGAGUGGAGGGAGCAUGGGAUUUAUGAUGCGUACAGGAGUAUUUGGUUACCUCAACAGUGGUUUUCGAAGAUGCAUGAGGAGUAUGAGUACUUCUGGAGUUUGGAGAUGGAUGUCAAAUAUACAGGACAUUGGUAUCAUUUAUUCGACAAAAUCGAUACUUUUGCUAGAAAUCAACCGCGAAGAGGACUUUGGGCGAGGAACGCACGGUUUUACGUCCCAUCCGUGCACGGAAGUUACCAAGACUUCACGGAAAUGGUGGAGAUGCGAAGUUCACCUGAAGAAAGAAUCUGGGGAGCUGUUGAAGGGGUAGAAGUUAUGGAUAAGAAACUGAAAGUGGAAAAAAAAUUUGAAAGGGAAGAAGACGAUGAAGGGUAUAAAUGGGGUAAAGGGGAAAAUGCGGAUUUGGUGACUUUAUCACCGAUGUUUGAGGUGGUUAAUACGACCUGGGUUAUCAAAGAUGAUUUUACGGGGUAUGGGAAUGAAAGACCUGAGAAGGAGAAUUAUAAUCCAUACUGGACUGGACCACCGAGGAGGGGGGCUGUAGUGGCAGUGUACAGAUUCUCGAGAAGACUGUUGAACGCUAUGGAGGUGGAGAACAGAGGUGGAAGACAUAUGGGGGUGGAAAUGUUUCCUGCCUCGGUGGCGUUACAGUAUGGAUACAAAGGAGUUUAUGCGCCACAUCCGGUGUUUAUGGAUAGAAGGUGGCCUGGGAGGUAUCUUGAGAAGAUAUUGAAUGGAGGGGAAAAGGGGAGUUCGGGGGGUAAUGAGAGGAGUUUGUUCGGGAAGAGGGAGCAUCAUUUUGGGGGGAGUGGGUUUUAUUAUGGAAGCUAUUGGCCUCGAGGGGUUAUGGGGGUUUGGAUGGGAGGUGAAUGGGAAGGAAAAGGUGGAGAAGGGUGGGAGAGGGAACGGGGGAGGGGGUGUUUGGGGGGGAUGGUGGUGCAUCCUGUCAAGGACUUGUAG